AUGUCAGACAACAUCUACGUAAAGAGUGUUGCAGGAACCUGCAUCACCUUCUCUUUCAUCCUCGCUGGAAAUGCCAUCACACAGUCCUACAUGACCGUCCCCGCGCUCCUCGUCAACUUCCCACGCGCAGGCACACCCGAACACAAAGACCGCGCACGUCUUCUGGGCCGUCAGUGGCCUCUCUGCUGGACAGUCGGCAACCAGUUUUUCCGUCCCAUUUCAACUCUGGGAUUCCUGGGUUACGCCUACGCUGGCUACUCAGUCUACCGUGAGGGCAUGCUCGCCCGCAGUGACUGGAAGCUUUUUGGUGUUGCGGCCGUCAUGCACUUGACGACCAUCCUGCACUCGGCUAUCAACAUGCAGCCGUUGAACGACAAGUUGGAGGCGUUGGCGGAGAGGAGCAACGAGAAGGAGUUGGGUGAGGCGGAGAGCAUUGCGACAAAGUGGGCCAGCUGGAACAGGCUGAGGUUGGUUACCCCAACCAUUGCUGGUGGCCUGGCACUGUGGAACUUGCUCUCUUUGUAG